AUGACGAAUUCAGAAUACACGGAAGACCACGAGGAGAUCGAUGGCACCAAAAUUGGAUACUGCCGCUACGGCCAUGGCCCGAAUUACAUGAUGGUCGUGUGCGGAGCUGUAGGCUGCUACGCAAAAGAUUGGUCCCAGCAAGCACUGCAACACUUUGACCCGGAAGUCUUCACGAUUAUUGGCAUUGAUCCACCAGGCUACGGCACCUCUCGACCGCCAGACCGCAAGCAGGAAGUGAUGCGUUGCAACAAGGACGCUGUAUUUUGCGUGAAAUUGAUGGAUCGCCUAAACCUGACGCCAUUCACGAUUGCUGGCUGGAGUGAGGGGUCGAGGACCAGUAUUCAUGUCGCGGAAAUUGCCAGGAAUAAGGUGGAAAGGGCUAUUCUCCUGGCCUGCAUCACAAAAAUCGAUAGUAGAGGGAUUCAGAUUUAUAAAGGUCUCCGCAACACUGACCAAUGGCUCCCAGCCGAACGUGCCCCGUAUCUGAAGCACUACACCAACGAAUUUUUCAAGAAACAAUGGGCCGACAAUUGCGAUAUGGUCGUUGAGGCCUACGAUAUGCUGGGAGGACGAAUGCCGUGUAACGAUGUGCUUCCCAGGCUUACCUGCCCGGUUUUGAUGCUCAACGGAGCCCAGGACAAAUUCUGCGAAGAUCCCAAGCAGAUUCUGGCCAAGUUGAAGAAGCCGCAAUUCGAAAUCCACCUGCAAGGCGGCCACGACUUCCCCCAGAAAUACCCGAAAUGGGUCGCGGAGAAAAUCUCGCAUUUCGUGAAGGAGACCGCCAGGAAACAAGCA